AUGGACGAGAAGAGGCGUACCCUGUUGGAGAAAGGGACGUGGGAGAUCGUGGCAAAACCGGAAGGGGUCAAGCCGGUGCCCAUAAAGUGGGUCUACUCGGAUAAGUCGGGACGCUCACGGGAUUGUGGAGCGGUACAAGUCCCGGUUGGUGGCAAAAGGCUGGUGCAAAAGCAGGGGAUUGACUUCGACGAGGUCUACGCCCAGGUGAACAAGCACACGACGUUGUGUGCGCUGCUUGCGGUGAUUGCGGAGCUGAAUCCGGUGGACGUCAAGACGGCGUUCCUUAACGGGGCGCUGGAGGAGGAGAUCUACAUGCAGCAACCGCAGGGAUACAAGCAAGGUGGGCCGGAGGUGGGCUGCCGCCUCAAGCGCACAUUGUACGGGGUGCGCCAGACGCCGCGUGCUGCGUGGCACAUGCGCUUGAACCUGAAGGAGGAGCUCGGGAACCUCGACUUCGUGGCGUCCAUGGGGGAUGCAGCGCUUUCCACGGGGCUUGAAGCCGGGGAUCGGGUCUACCUCGUGGUGUGGGUGGACGACAUCCUUGUGGCGGCCCGUGGAGCGGAAGGAUUUGCGAAGGUGAAGGCGCACUUGGCGGAGAAGUUUGACGUGCACGAUCUAGACGAAGCGACGUACUUCCUCGGGAUGGAGUUGACGCGCGUCAGGGAGGCGCGCACUAUGAAGCUGACGCGAAAGAAGCUGACGAUGGUUGGAGGUUACGGACUGGCGGACACGCGGCGAUUGAAGCACAUUGACGUGGUUCAUCACUUUGCAUGGGAGCACGUGGCACGCAAGGAGGUCGCGUUCGCGUACUGCAGAACGGAGGACAUGAAGGCGGACAUCAUGAUCAAGGCGCUGGCACCGGGGACGUUCAAAAAGUGCAAGAGCGAGAUAGAGAUCGCACUAUCAUUAGUGUUUGGGGGAGUGUUGAGAUACGAGCAUUUAAGGACCGAAUUUCUAAGUGACUCUAUGGUUUUAGGAUCACGACGUCGACGGUAA